AUGAAAGCCCUGGCGAAUAAGAAGCUGGGAGGAGGAGGGGGGAAUAAAGGUGGCAGGGCAGUAGUAGUGGCAGGGAAAGGGGCGGCAGCACAGGGGGGUUUCGCGGCACAGGGGGGGUUUGCCGCUGUAGCAGCCGCAGCAGCCGCAGCAGCAGCGGAAGCAGCGGAAGCGGCGUCUGCUGCAGUGGCAGGGAUUGCAGCUUCAGUGGUGGGUGCUGGGGGGGAAGGGGCGGGAGAGGCAGGUGGAGCAGGAGAGGGGAUAGGCAGGCAGGGAGUGAAGCAGGCGGAGGGAGGGGUGGUGGGAGGGGAGAGGGGCGAGGGGCAACAGGAGGGACGGCAGGAAGGGGAGCAGGCGCAGCAGGGGCAGCUUGGAGGCAAGAUGAGUGAGGGAGGUGAGGGGGAAGACAAGAGAGGGGAGGAGGAGGGAGAGGUGGAGGAGGAGGGGCGGGAGCAGCGGUUUGCAUCGGCUGUCGAUAGGGAUGCACCGGGUUCCUCCUCCCGAGAAUUCGGUGGUUUCUUUUCCGGUCCUGCCUCUGGUCCUGCCUCUGGUCCUGCCUCUGGUCCUGCCUCUGGUCCUGCCUCUGGUCCUGCCUCUGGUCCUGCCUCUGGGCCGUUUCGCUCUAGCAGGCCCCGUUCUCUCAGUCGAGAGGACUUUUCCCCGGAUCUACCCGGUUCUCCAACCCUCUCCCCCCAACGAUAUGCCUCUCCUAUUCACGAGCGCUUGACAGCGGCCGGGAUUCUCAGCAACUCUCCCCGAGCCUCUGGGGCUGGUUUGGCUGGUGGCGCUGGUGCCCGACUCGGCAGGUUCGGUGAAGGCUCGGGCUCGCCGAACCUCACGCCCAGGUCUGGGAGGCCCCAGAGCCCGUUGACCGGCCGAAGCAGCGUGGUUGCUGCGGCGUUGGGCGCAGCAGCGGGGGUGAGGAGCGGGAAGACUUUCGAGUCGCCUCAGAAGUCGCUCGGAGCAGCAGCAGCAGCAGCAGCGGGGGUGAGAAGCGGAAAGGCGGGGUUUUCUGGGUUCGCGCCGUCCCCUUCCUUCUCCCCUUCGUAUUCCUCCCCUGCUCCUCCUCCUCAGGCCACUCGCUCCUCUGUGUCUUUCGGGUCCUCUGGCAUGAUUGCAGCGGCAACAGCAGCAGCAAUGGCCGAGGCAGCAACUGGGGCGGGUGCGAAAUCAGGAGCAGGAGCAGGAGGAGCAGGAGGAGCAGGAGCAGGAGCAGGAGCAGGAGCAGGAGCAGGAGCAGGAGCAGGAGCAGGAGCAGGAGCAGGAGCAGGAGCAGGAGCAGGAGGAGGGUCAGGAGCAGGAGGAGGGUCAGGAGCAGGAGGAGGGUCAGGAGCAGGAGGAGGAGCAGGAGCAGGAGGAGGAGCAGGAGCAGGAGCAGGAACAGCAGGAGGAGGAGGUGGAGGGAUAGGAGCAACGGCAGGAGGAGGAGCAGGGGUAGGGGGAUGGGGGAGAGGUGGACACGGGAAUACGAAGAAGAAAUUUCACGUGCCUUUGUUUCGAGAGGACAGUGUUGCAUGGCCUGAGGAGAAGCGGAUUGGGCUUGUGGCUAAAGCUCUUGCUGCUGCUGGUGCCUCUCCUGCUGCUGCUGGCGCCUCCCCUGCUCCCGCUGCCCUUGCUCCCCCUGCUGCAAUUGCUGAAGGCGAGGGUGUGGAGAAUAUAGAGGGUGGCGGUUCGGUGAAUAAUGAGAGAAGCGAGGAGCAUUCUAGCGAGGAGAUUAUGGAACAUAUUGAGGAGAGCAGUAAGGAGGAUACUAUGGAGGAUAUGAAGGAGGAUACUGAGGACAGUGCCACGGAGGAUUCUAGGAAGCCUACUAAGGAGGAUGAUACUAAGGAGGAUGAUACUAAAGAGGAUAUUGAGGAGGAUAGCAGUAACAACAUCAACACUACAGAGGACCUUGCUGCGGAGGAUACUAGCAACCAUACUAAGGAGGAUGUUGAGGAGGAUAUGAAGGAGGAUAUUCAGAACAGUAACAAGGAAUACUCUAAGGAGGAUGUUAAGACAUUCGCCAAAGAUGAUAUUAAGGAGGAUACGUCGGUUGCAACUGAGGAGGGUCGGGAGGGUGAGGGGCUGGGCAGGGAUGAGAAUCAGAAGGAGCAGGAGGAACAAAGAGAGACGGUGGAACAAAAGGGGAAGAAGGAGGAGAGGAGGGAGAAAGAGAAGGCGAAGACCGGGAAGGAGAGGAAAGCGAGGAAGAGUCCAAGUGGGGACAAGGGAAGUCCAGGGGCGACAGAGGUGCCGGAAACACCAAGGGGGGGUGAAUGCAACGAGGGUGAUACAGCUGGUGGCGUUGAUGCGGGCGGGGACAACCUGUCUUUGCUGCGGGCCAAGACAGUGGGUGAUGAGGGGAAUGGAGGUGAUGGGGGUGAUGGGGGUGAGGAGGGCAAUGACAGUGUGUCUCUGUUGCGAGCGAGGACGAUGUCUUCGGUGGAAACACAGGGGGAGAGGGAGAAGAAGCACCGGGAGAAGAAGAAGGAGAAGGGGUCUCCAAAGCACCGCAAAUCGCCGUCAGUUUCGGAGGUUAGCUGCGGUGGCGGUGGGAGCUGGGAGGGCAGGGAGGGUAGGGAGGGCAGGGAGAGUAGGGAGGGCAGUGGAAGUGUUGCGAGUGUUGGCAGCCCUGCUGGCAGCAGCACGAGCAGCCAUGGGCAUAGUAGUGUGAGUGGUGAUAUGGAUGCUGCAGCUGCCGCUGCAGCGAAGGAGGCAAGGAGGGCUGCGAGGAAGCAGAAGAAGGCUGAACAGGCCGCUGCUGAGGCGGCAGCUGCUGAGGCUGCUGGUGGUGCUGCUGUUUCUGGUGGUGGAGGAGAAGCAGGGGCAUCAGCAGAUGGUGUGGAGGAUGGACAGGAGAAGAGAAGGAAGGAGAAGGAGAGGAGUGGUGAGGAGAAAGAGGGGAAGGGGAAGGAUGAAAAGGAGAAGGAGAGAAGGAAGAAAGAGAAGAAGGAGAAGGAAGGUAAGGAAAGGGACAGAAAGGAAAAGGAGGGAAAGGAGAAGAAAGGAAGGGAGAAGGAAGGAAAGGAAGGAAAGGAGGGAGUGGAGAGGAGCAAGUCAAAGAAAAUAUCACGUGCCGCGAGUUCGGAUGAAUCAAUGCCACCAGCAGGGGAAGGUGCAUCUGGGGAAGGCUUAUGUGGUGCAUGUGAUGAUGACUCUUUAUCUGACGUGUCGAGCGUGGGGGGAGGCAAGAGGAGCAAGGAGGAGCGGGAGGCAAGGCGGGAAGAGAGGAGGAGGAGGAAGGAGAAGGAGAAGGGACAUAGGUCCAAGGAUAUGUCAAGUGAAUCGGUCGCUGAAGCUGGGGAAGGGGAUGGUGGUGGGAGUGUUUAA